AAGCUUCCUGUUUAAGUGAGUUUAAGUGAGUUCCUGUUUAGUUGUUGAGUAAUAUAUUUUUUUAAUUUAAAGAGCUUAUUAUAUAAGUUGCAUUUAUGACCAAGAGAAGGGCAGAAAAUAUUUUGCUGUACAACGGUCCUUUGAAGAGAUGCAUUCGUCCACUGUACAAGAUUGGAGCACAUGACCAAGGUAUACCACGAGCACCCUGUGUUGAUCCGCCGCUUCCACUAACCCACAACACCAAGAAAAGAGCGCUUAUUGAGGGAGAAUUUGAAAAGGCGAAUUCACCGUGUAAAAGACGAAUCGUAAAUGAGCUACAGCGUGAACGACAUACGACCUUCAAAGAAAAAGACGUUUCUGUGAGGCACAUUUCUGGAAGUUUCCAACAGGAUGAUAAACCCGAGGCGCGCGGUGCGGUGGAUAUUGCCAAUCGUAACAACGAUGCACUGAAAAGAAAUAACUGUGAGGGAGACAACAGCUUCGAAGACGGAUGCUUCAAACUUGAAAAGGUAUCUCCAAAAGAAGAGGAACUUUGCCAUUUCAACUCAUUCCAGUACUGGAGAAUUCCUCUUCCCGAUCUUGAUCUUUCAGAACUCCAGGAUCCAGGUCUUGAGGAGCUCCCAGAACAUUCUGCCACAGAGACUGACAUGGAAACAUGAGAGCAUUUUUUUAGCCUGUUUAUAGUCUUGAGUGAAAGGAAACAUAUGUUGUCUUUUUCCUAUACUUAUCCGUAACAUUUUAAAGAAGAAUGUUUAAAAUGAUGAUGGAUGUGAUAAGUGUUAACACUGGAAUUUUGUUCUACAUAAAUGCAGUUAGAAUAAGAAUUGAAAUGUUGUUUCAGUAUUCUUUUGUAUUUUUUGUAUUCUUAUGUUAAAUAUUAAAUGUUCAAAUACAUUAAAGGAUAGGUCAUUAUUUUAA